AUGUCGUUGCAAUGUACCUCGAAAUUCGAAAUUCGAAUGGCAUCCAUCAUCCAAUCCGCCGGUAGAGAUAUUUACUGUAAUACCUCUACCUCUACCUUUGCUUCCGAUAUACCACACCGUUACAGUUCCAAGUCGACGGUCACGGGGAUCAGCUAUCCACGCACAACAUUCAAGAAUUGGGGCAAAAAGCGAUCUUUGACAUCCCCAGAACGAGUGCCCCAAUGCGGCUGCACAAAACCAGAGACGCGCGUCACGGUCCACGUCCCGGCUGGUUCUGGACAUUUCCCUUGUGGUGGCUGCUCGCCAAUACAAUUCACAACCAGCAUUGGAACAACCAGGUUGUCCACGCUUGGAAGUUUCGUUUUCCGGGACGGGGCAAAGUCUGUCCCCCGGGACGGCACCGACGCCAGUAAACGAGCUUCCCAGAGUCCCACAUCGUCCUCCAACCCUCAGACUCCUUCCCAGAAAACAGCUACCGUCCUUCCCACGACACCCAACACCUUUACUUCUCCUGUUCUACUCGCGGAACAAGGACCACAGGUUGUACAAGAAUUAACGGAUCUCGUCCAAGGCAUCUCCAGAAAUGUACAGCAAUCCACAACUAGCGGUAGUUUAUUCCUACCCGCCGCGGUUGUGACCUCCUGGGAACGGUUGCAAGCCAUUCUUUUCUACAAACCGCCCGUCGGUAUUGUAUCGGUGGUAGCCAUUAUCCGUCUAGUCUUUUCGGGACGUCUCUUUCGCUUGUACCCGGCCCCACCCAAAAAUUCCGUCGAAGAAGCCUUGCAGCAAGAAACGCGAAAGCGCGAACGGGAACGACACCGGGGACGGUCUCUCAAUCUCGACGCCGACGACGUCGCCUACCACCAUUUCGGUGGCGUAGAUCGUGUACGAAGACGACUUUGCUGGGCCGGACUGGGACACCUGCUGGAAGAAGUUACCCUGUCAAUCAAUCGUGGCAACCGCAACGACAGCACAUACACGGAACCGGAAACGGAUUUGGAUCCCGCCGUCCUGGAACUGCUGCAGGCCAUGGUGGCCGCGCUCAGCGUUUCCAAUCAUCCAGGUGGAGCCAGGGCUCAAUUUGUACACGAUAUGAUCCAGCCCUUUGCCAAAAUCGAAGAAUUACUCAUUCAGCAAAAGCUGGGUAAAAUCAAGCUCCCCACGUCGGGCAACGUAACGACCGAAGCCAUGAACCAGAUUGUUGGGACCGCCUCGUGGACGGCCGAAGUCCGCAUCCUUGAUGCGCUGCUACGCGUUUGCCGGGAUCGUUUGCUGAAAACCACCUACCGACUGGCGAGAACUCGGGAACACUGGGAGCGAAAGGUCGAACAUAUCCCAAAACGCCGGCUCCUCUUCGGCUGGAAGCGCAAGUCGGCUGAAGGCGACCGCCUACGCUUAUCCUACGCCAAGGCCGCCUACCAAGCCGAAAUACAACGACUCGGAGCCGUGGCGGCGAUCCUACUCGAGCGUCCCGCCGAUAUGGGCGAAUCGUAUCUUUUGGAAGCCCUGAAACAGAGUGAAAACGCUCGAGCAUUGGAACGGGAAGAACAAACGGCGCAUCAAGCGUCGCUACGACGAUCUCGUCUGACCGCCUUGACAAACGUUACGAAAUGGCAACUACCCAAACUCGAAGAUAUCUCUCGAUAUUCAAUUCGUUGGCGGGCCGAAGGCGUUGGAUCCCUUCAGAUCCGGCGUCUCGACGGAGAUACGCAAGUGCACGGCGAAUCGGCCUUGCACGUGUUGACUCAGGAUAUUUCGCGUGAUUCAUGGAUGAACGACGCCCGGGCAUGGAGCACCCAAGCGCGACGAGUCUUGUGCAAUGUUGUUCGGGAAAGUUUACAGGGCAGUGUUGCUACCGGAAAUUUGGACGAAGUCGACUUUGCCGUGUUGGAACAACAGUGGUGUACGCAAAAAUAUCAUCCCAAUGUCGACGUUCCGUUGCAGUGGAUAAAGAUACUCCGGUACGUGGACAACAUGCCGUCGUGGCGUCGAGUGGGCGAAGGCAAGGUUGUGCGAUUGAAGGAUGCUGCCUUGGUACACUGGACGAAACGACUCGAUUUGUUGGGGAUUCCGUCCACAAUGGCUUGGAUUGCGGCAUCGCAGUACGUGCACGAAAAGAUUCGACCUUAUUUUCCGACGCUCAAGCGAGAUAUGAUGCACGUUUUUGACAAAACGGUGGAGAUUUUACAGACACGCGUCUGGGUACCGGUCAAAGGCAUUUAUGACGAUAUCAUGAAUAAAAACCAGGGUAUCUUUUCGGCGUUUGGGUUGGAAGUUGAGCAAACGUCUCUGGAUCACAUGUUGCGUGACAUGGGUCUCGGAGACGGUACCGUGGCAUCGCGACAAGAAGCGCUCAAAAGAGCGGCGGAGAAAUACGAGGAGACUUUGAAGUCGGGAGUGAUCAUCAGUGCCCUUCAAGGCAAACUCGUCCGACUUCUACUCGUCCAAGUACAGCAACUCAAGGUUGGUCUACUCACCGCGCUCGAUACGAUUGACGUCCUACUUAAAGGUAACCGAAUUCAUUUUCAAAUCUUGGCCGCCAUUCCGGCCGUCGUCAUGGCCACGUACGGAACUCGUCUGUUCCUACGCGCCUUGUACAACAUUCGCUCGCGGGAUUUGCGUCCCGUAACGGCCGUGCAUACGGAAAUGGGGGAAUACUUGAACCAGAUGGAGCGCAUGAUGCUGUUGAGCAGCCAAGAGAGCGAUGGAAUGGACCAGCGGGACCGUACGAAGGCGGAACCGUCCAAGCCGGGGAAUGCACGCAACCGCACCCGAACGGGCACACCAACCACUACCUCGGGAGCGAAUCCACGACGACCGGAAGACAACCCGACUUCGUUGAGUACGGGGGAAUUGGGGGAAUUUGUGUUGCACAUGCACCGGUAUUUGAUUCUAUUGGACUUUUCCAGUCCGCCGUUUCCGAAUUGGGCUUGCGACCAAAUCCAGGAGGCCUUGCAAAUGUUUUUGGGAACGGGCGGGACGUUGGCGCGGGGCAUGGGACCUUCCCGGCACGUGGCGUGGCUGAAUCUCGUACAAAAGAAACACGAAGAAUUACUGAAACACAUGUAA